AUGGAGUUACCGGUGAAAGCUCCCGUUUCUGGUGGCCGGAAAAUCUCUUAUAGACUAGAAACCAAGAACCUAUCAUACAGAUUAUGUGGAACCACUUCAAAGUUUCCAAAUCUUUGUGGUUUGUUGAAUGAAAAGGAAGAAAAGGUUAUCUUGAAGGAUGUUUCUUGUGAUGCAAGAUCCUCAGAGAUCACUGCCAUAGCAGGUCCUAGUGGAGCUGGGAAGACAACGUUACUAGAGAUACUUGCCGGAAAAGUUUCUCAGGGGAGAGUUUCAGGGCAAGUGCUUGUCAAUGGGAGGCCUAUGGAUGGUCCUGAGUACAGGAGGGUUUCAGGGUUUGUACCACAAGAAGAUGCUCUGUUUCCGUUUCUUACGGUGCAAGAAACACUAACAUAUAGCGCACUCCUGAGGCUGAAGACCAACAGGAAAGAGGCGGUUGCGAAGGUGAAGAAGCUGAUGGAAGAACUCGGUCUUCAACAUGUCGCGGAUUCGAGGAUCCGGGAAGGAUCAAGAUCUGGGAUCUCUGGAGGUGAGAGAAGAAGGGUUUCUAUUGGAGUUGAGCUUGUUCAUGACCCAAAUGUUAUACUGAUCGAUGAGCCAACCUCUGGUCUGGAUUCAGCUUCUGCUCUUCAAGUUGUAAUGCUUCUCAAAGACUUGACAAUCAAACAAGGUAAAACCAUUGUCCUGACGAUUCACCAGCCCGGUUUUCGCAUUCUCGAGCAGAUAAACCGGAUAGUGUUGCUCUCUAGUGGACUGGUUGUUCAGAACGGAUCGGUUAAUAGCCUUUAUCAGAAGAUCAAGUUCUCUGGUCACCAGAUUCCUCGCCGUGUAAAUGUCUUGGAGUAUGCUAUUGAUAUUGCAGGGAGCCUUGAACCAGUCAUGACACAGAGUUGCAGAGAGAUCUCGUGUUACGGUCAUGGCAAAACAUGGAGGAGUAAUAAUGCAGGAAGAGAGUUUCAUCAAUCUGACUCUCACAGCAACUCGGUGUUAGAGGAGGUGAAGAUACUUGGGCAAAGAUCUUGCAAGAACAUCUUCAGAACCAAGCAACUGUUCACAACCAGAGCUUUACAAGCCUCCAUAGCCGGUCUAAUACUGGGUUCCAUUUACCUGAACGUUGGAAACCAAAAGCAAGAAGGGAGAGUCUUGCGAACUGGGUUUUUCGCCUUUACCCUCACGUUUCUGCUCUCUUCCACAACAGAGGGACUUCCAAUAUUCUUACAAGACAGGAGAAUCCUAAUGAGAGAGACAUCGAGAAGGGCUUACAGAGUUUUGUCUUAUGUUUUAGCAGAUACCCUCAUCUUCAUCCCCUUCCUGUUCAUCAUAAGCAUGCUUUUCGCUACACCGGUUUAUUGGCUGGUCGGUCUCAGAAGAGAGUUAGACGGGUUUCUCUACUUCUCGUUGGUGAUAUGGAUUGUUCUUCUCAUGUCAAACUCCUUUGUUGCAUGUUUCAGUGCUCUUGUCCCAAACUUCAUCAUGGGGACAUCAGUGAUCUCAGGUCUCAUGGGGUCUUUCUUCCUCUUCUCUGGCUAUUUCAUCGCAAAGGACCGGAUCCCGGUUUACUGGGAGUUCAUGCAUUACCUCAGCCUCUUCAAGUAUCCAUUCGAGUGUCUGAUGAUCAACGAGUAUAGAGGAGACGUGUUCUUGAAGGAACAAGACCUGGAGGAGUCUCAGAAAUGGAGCAAUCUUGGAAUCAUGGCAAGUUUCAUCGUUGGCUACAGAGUCCUGGGUUUCUUCAUCUUGUGGUACAGAUGUUACAGAACAAAAAGCUAGGUUAAUAACAACAAUUUCUGCAUCUAUAAUUCAAUUUGUUUCAAUUUGUUUUGUGAUUUAUAUAGAACAGAGUA